GAUUUUCCACGAGGCCCCGGCCCUGCCGCACGUAGCGCACGCACGCGAGCCCGCCGCUGGCGCGAGGCGGCGUCAGCCAAUCGGAGCGCGGCAGGGGACGGCGCUGGCCAAUGGGCGCGGCCGGGGGGCGGGCCCUGUGCGCGAGGGCGGCUAUAGGCGGGCGAGCGCGGAGCCGUUGGGUCUCAGUCAGAGCCGGGGCGGCGACAGCAGAGGGGCUGCGGAGCGGGACUGCAGGCACAGCGGUACUAAAGAUGUCUAUCACCAAGAUCCAUGCCCGUGAAAUCUUUGACUCCCGUGGCAACCCCACUGUUGAGGUAGACCUGUACACCAACAAAGGUCUGUUCAGAGCUGCUGUUCCCAGCGGUGCAUCCACUGGAAUCUACGAGGCUCUGGAGCUCCGUGACAAUGACAAGACACGCUACAUGGGCAAAGGUGUCUCAAAAGCUGUUGAGCACGUCAAUAAAACGAUUGCACCUGCACUGAUUAGCAAGAAUGUGAACGUUGUGGAACAAGAAAAGAUUGACAAGCUGAUGCUGGAAAUGGAUGGGACUGAGAACAAAUCCAAAUUUGGUGCUAAUGCCAUCCUGGGUGUGUCGCUGGCUGUGUGCAAAGCUGGUGCUGCUGAGAAGGGAGUUCCCCUGUACCGGCACAUCGCCGACCUUGCUGGAAACCCCGAGGUCAUUCUGCCAGUUCCUGCUUUCAACGUCAUCAACGGGGGCUCCCACGCUGGCAACAAGCUGGCCAUGCAGGAGUUCAUGAUCCUGCCCGUGGGGGCUGACAGCUUCAAGGACGCCAUGCGGGUCGGGGCAGAGGUCUACCACAACCUCAAGAACGUCAUCAAGGAGAAGUAUGGCAAGGAUGCCACCAACGUGGGGGAUGAGGGUGGCUUUGCCCCCAACAUCCUGGAAAACAAAGAAGCUCUGGAGCUGCUGAAGACAGCCAUUGCCAAGGCUGGCUACACUGACAAGGUGGUCAUUGGCAUGGACGUGGCUGCCUCAGAGUUCUACAGGGAUGGCAAAUACGACCUGGACUUCAAAUCCCCCGAUGACCCCAGCAGAUACAUCACUCCUGACCAGCUGGCUGACCUCUACAAGGGCUUUGUCAAGAACUACCCUGUGGUGUCCAUUGAAGACCCCUUUGACCAGGAUGACUGGGGUGCCUGGAAGAAGUUCACUGGCAGCGUCAACAUCCAGGUGGUUGGUGAUGAUCUGACUGUGACCAACCCAAAGAGAAUUGCCAAGGCCGUGGAUGAGAAGGCCUGCAACUGCCUGCUCCUCAAGGUCAACCAGAUUGGCUCCGUGACAGAGUCCCUGCAGGCCUGCAAGCUGGCCCAGUCCAAUGGCUGGGGUGUGAUGGUGAGCCACCGCUCUGGAGAGACAGAAGACACCUUCAUUGCUGACCUGGUAGUGGGUCUCUGCACUGGCCAGAUCAAAACCGGUGCCCCGUGCCGAUCCGAGCGUCUGGCCAAGUACAACCAGCUGCUGAGAAUUGAGGAGGAGCUCGGCAGCAAGGCUCGCUUUGCUGGGAGGAACUUCAGGAACCCUCGUGUCAACUAAGUGUGGAAGAGUCCCCUCUGUUCUGGUUCAGCACUAGAUAUUGACUUAGAUCACAAUUACCUGUACUAGAAAGAUAAGGGCAGCUGAAGGAAAAGACCAGUCUGCAGGUCCUCUUAUCCUCUAGAUGAUCCCUUCACCCAGUGUUUUCACCAACUCUGGUCUGUCAAUUGUAAUGCUCUGCUGCUUCUGUAGAACAGUCCCUGGGGGUGCUCUGUGUAUUUAACACCCUCGGGGGUCAUGACAUUGUGAUUCUGGGCAUAAACACUUUAGUUCCCUUCUCUGUCUCAUCUUCACCGUUUGGAGCCGUGUGAUUUGCAGUGCAGCAAGAGGUACCUGCAGACAGAGACAGUAGUGUUUUUACAUGUGAUAAAUAAAAGCAUCAAACAACCCAACAA